AUGCCGGGUGCAGCAUGGGGCCGGGGUCUCUGCCCUCCCGCCGGGGAGCUGAUGGGGACGCUGGUCUGGCUCUCGCUCUGGGUGCCGGCGGUGCUGGCUGAGGGGCGCUGGUGCGAGAGGACGGAGCAGGUGACGGAGGAGGAGGUGGUGAGCCCCCGGCGCGAGCAGGCGGUGCCCUGCGCGGACGUGCACCACUACCACCUGGCUGGCUGGCGCAUCGACCAGCACAGGAUGCACCAGGCCUACGGCGGGGACCAGGCCAUUGCCCACUUCUAUGCCCAGGCCGGGCCCACCGCCUCCCUGUGCUACAUCUACAAGCCCCCAGACACGAGGCCCGUGGUGUGGAACCGCACAGUGCGAGCCUGCUGCCAGGGCUGGAGCGGGCCCCACUGCACCCAGGGCGAGGGCUUCCUGGGGCUCUGCUUCUCCACGUGGCAGUGCCAGGCUGGCCUGGGCACCUGGAACCUGUCCCUGCUGAGCAUGGCCGAGUGCUGCGGGCGCCCCUGGGGCCGCAGCUGGAAGAACGCCUCCUCCGAGCUCUGCCUCGGCUGCUCCGCCCUGCCCCUGCCAGGGGACCUGCCGGCCCCCUUUCUCCUCCGGCCCUUGCCCCCCACGGCCCUGCUGGGCCUGCCCAGGCCUCGCCACCACCUCUUCGCCACCUGCGUCACCUGGCUACAGCCUAGCCGCUGCCUCCGACGGCACCUGGGCCGUGGACAUCUCAGGCAGCGGGACCUGCGCACCACCGCACUGCCACCGGGGAUCAGCGUCCGGUGGCUCGGUGACUUCGUCUUCGUGGAGAGCGGCCUGGGCGUGCGGGUCAAGUCUGACGGGCGCGAGACGGUGUAUGUGACGGUCAGCGGGGAGCUGCGGGGCGCCACACGCGGGCUCUGCGGGCGGUACAACGACGAUCCUGCUGAUGACUUCCUGCGUGUAGGAGGGGAUGUGGCCUCGCUUGCUGCCAGCUUCGGGAAUUCCUGGAGGGUCCCGGAUGCCAGCCCAGAGCUCCCGUGCCAGGACGCGGCGGAGGCGGGACACAGCUGCGACGUCGCGGAGGCCGGCGCCCUGAGGCAGGAGGCCGAGGCCGUGUGCCGGAAGCUGCUGGCCAGCCCCUUCAGCCAGUGCCACUCCGAGGUGGACCCGGGCGGAUUCUACGACGCCUGCAUGUACGCGUCCUGCCAGCAGGGAGGCACGGGAGCCGGGAGGCAGGAGGCCGUCUGCGCCACCUUCGCCAGCUACGCCCGCGACUGCGCCCAGCAGCACGUCUACGUCGACUGGCGGAGGCCCGGGUUCUGUGAGAAGCAGUGCGGCCAGGGGAAGCAGUACUCGGACUGCGUGUCCUCAUGCCCAGCCAGCUGUGCCGCCGUGGGCACCGGCAAGGAGGGGCACUGCCGGGACGAGUGCGUGAGUGGCUGCGAGUGCCCGCCGGGCCUCUACCUGGAGGGGGGGGCCUGCGUCCCUGAGAGCGACUGCCCCUGCUACCACCGUCGCCAGAAGUACAGCCCAGGGCAGAGCAUCCAGCAGCGGUGCAACCAGUGCACAUGCCAGGGUGGGCGCUGGCGCUGCUCGCAGGACAAGUGCUCGGCCGAGUGUGCCCUGAUCGGGGACCCGCACUACGUGACCUUCGACCAGAAGCGCUACUCCUUCCACGGCGUCUGCGAGUACAUCCUGGUGCAGGACUUUGUGGACUGGAAGCUGCUGAUCACGGCGGAGAAGGUGGCGUGUGGGAGCAGAGGGGCCGUGAGCUGCCUCCGGGCCCUGACGGUGACGGCGCACAGGACCUCCGCCCGGCUCCGCACCACAGGGGACGUGGCCGUGAACGGGCAGGAGGUGGCCCUGCCCUUUGCCAGCGCUGACCUGAGCAUCCGACGGGCCUCGUCCUCCUUCCUGCUGCUCCAGGCCUUCGGGGCCCACGUGCUGUGGGGACUGGAGCUCCCCGCCGCCUACAUCACCCUGCAGCCCGGCUUCGCCGGCAAGGUGCGAGGCCUGUGUGGCACCUACAACUGGAACCAGCAGGACGAGUUCACCACCCCCGCCGGGGACGUGGAGUCCAGCAUCGCCGCCUUCGCCAACAAGUUCCAGGCAUCGAGCGAGUGCCCCGCGCUCGGCUCCUUCGCCUUCGACCCCUGCGGCACCUACGCCCAGCACAGGGAGUUCGCCGAGGCCGCCUGCGCCGUCCUGCACGGCUCGGCCUUCCAGCCCUGCCACGACCUGGUGGAGCGGGAGCCCUACUACCAGCUCUGCCUCUACGACGUGUGCGGCUGCUCGGCCGGCGGGGACUGUCUGUGCAGCGCCCUGGCCGCCUACGCCAGGCAGUGUGCCCAGGAGGGGGCGCCGGUGCCCUGGAGGAACCAGACCUUCUGCGCGGUGCCAUGCAGCGGGGGGCAGGUCUACCAGGAGUGCAGCGCCCCCUGCAGGAAGAGCUGUGCCGACCUGCGCCUGGGGGAGGGCAGCUCCUGCCAGGCCCUGGCCGUGUGCGUGGCCGGCUGUAACUGCCCCGAGGGGCUGGUGCUGGACGACAGCGGGCAGUGCGUCCCGCCGGGCACGUGCCCCUGCGAGCACGGGGGUGAGACCUACCCGCCCGGCAGUAAGAUCCACAGGAGCUGCAAUGCCUGCGUCUGCGUGGACGGGCUCUGGAACUGCACCGACGACAGCUGCCCCGAAGCCGCCUUCUGCCCCGGGGAGCUGGUCUACGCCCACGGGUCCUGCCUGCGCACCUGCGCCACUGCCGAGGGCAACCUGAGCUGCCCGGGCCUCUCCGACGGCUGCGUCUGCCCGCCAGGCACCGUCUUUCUCAACGAGCGCUGCGUCUCCCCGGACGAGUGUCCCUGCCCCCAUAACGGCAGGCUGUUCCAGCCCAACGACACCAUCGCCAAGGACUGCAACACCUGCGUGUGCCGGAGCCGUCGCUGGCAGUGCAGCAGCCACCACUGCGCAGGGACCUGCGUGGCCACAGGAGACCCGCACUACAUCACCUUCGACGGGCGGGCCUUCUCCUUCCUGGGGGACUGCGAGUAUGUCCUGGCACGUGAGGGCAGCGGCCUCUUCACCGUCACCUCCGAGAACGUGCCCUGCGGCACCAGCGGCGUCACCUGCACCAAGUCGGUGGUGGUGGUGAUCGGGAACACCGUGGUGCACCUGCUGAGAGGAAAGGACGUGACAGUGAAUGGAGUCUCCGUGCGGCCCCCAAAGACCUACAGCGGGAAUGGCCUGAGCCUGGAGCGAGCUGGCGUCUUUCUCAUCCUCAUCUCCCAGCUGGGGCUGAGCGUGCUCUGGGACGGCGGCACCCGGGUGUAUGUGAAACUGGACCCCCAGUACCAGGGCCGGGUGGCGGGGCUGUGCGGGAAUUUCGAUGGGGACACGGAGAACGACUUCACCAGCCGGCAGGGCGUCGUGGAGCCCACCUCCGACCUGUUCGGCAACUCCUGGCGCGUCAGCCUCCUGUGCCCCGAGGUCAACAAUGAGGACUUCGAGCACCCCUGCAUCGCGAACGCUCACCGUGGGACCUGGGCCCGGAAGCGCUGCAGCAUCAUCAUGCAGCAUCUCUUUGCCCCGUGCCACGAGGAGGUGCCCUGCCAGCAGUUCUACGACUGGUGUGUCUUCGAUGCCUGCGGGUGCGACUCCGGGGGGGACUGCGAGUGUCUGUGCACAGCCAUCGCGGCCUACGCCGAGGAGUGUAACCAGCGCGGGGUGUACGUCCGCUGGAGGAGCCAGGAGCUGUGCCCCAUGCAGUGCGACAACGGGCUGGAGUACGAAGCCUGCGGCCCCGCCUGCCCCCAGACCUGCAAGAACUUCGGCCUGGAGCCCGCCGAGCACUGUGAUGCCAUCUCCUGCGUGGAGGGCUGCUUCUGCCCCGACGGGAGGGUCCUGCAUGAUGGCAGCUGCAUCGACCCUGCUGAGUGCCCAUGUUUCUGGGAGGGCAUCUCGUUCCCGGCGGGCGCUGUGGUGAAGCAGGAGUGCAAGAACUGCACGUGUGAGGCUGGGCUGUGGCAGUGCGAUGCGCCCGCAGAGCCCUGCCCGGCCCCGCCCCGCUGCCCCGAGGCGGAGUUCGCCUGCCGCACGGGCGGGCGCUGCGUGCCCAGCGCCUGGGUCUGUGACAACGAGGACGACUGUGGGGACGGCUCGGACGAGUUCUGCGUGCCCAGCUGUGCCCCGCAGCAGUACCAGUGCGCCAGCGGGCAGUGCGUGGCCUGGGGGUACCGCUGCGACGGCACCGCCGACUGCCUGGACCACUCGGACGAGCGCGACUGCCCGGCGCCCGGCUGCGCCCAGCAGGAGUUCCGCUGCGCCAAUGGGCGCUGCAUCCCCCGGGCACACGUCUGCGACGGGGAGCUGGACUGCGGCUUCGCUGACGAAUCUGAUGAGGCUGGCUGCGGCCCCCCCUGUGGGGCCGGGGAGUUUGGCUGCGCGGCAGGGCGGUGCGUGCCCUAUCUGCAUCGCUGCGACGGGCACGACGACUGCGGGGACUUCAGUGACGAGCGGGAGUGCGUGUGCCCCCCCGGCGACUUCCAGUGCCCGGACGCGCUGUGCCUGCCGCCGGCCCUGGUGUGCGAUGGGAAGAGGGACUGCCCGGCUGGCACCGAUGAGGCCUUCUGCCCAGGCCGGGUGACCUGUGCCCCGGGGCAGCUGCCGUGCCCGGACGGUUCCUGUGUCAGCAGGACGCGGGUGUGCGACGGAGCCUGGGACUGCGGGGACGGCUCUGACGAGAGCCCAGCUCGGUGCCUGACGGCGCGACCCAGUGCCCUGCCCGUCACCCUGCCCACGGCGCUGCCCACGACUCGCCUGCCGCCGGCCAGCCGCACCGCCGCGCCCCCGUGCGGCCGCUACGAGUUCCACUGCGGCAGCGGGGAGUGCAGGCCGCGCGGCUGGGUGUGCGACGACGAGGCCGACUGCCUGGACGGCAGCGACGAGCUGGUGUGCAACCGGACCUGCGGCCUGGACCAGCACACGUGCGCCGUCACCGCCGAGUGCAUCCCCUACGGGCAGCUGUGCGACGGCAUCCCCCAGUGCCGGGACCAGUCCGACGAGAGCACCGACAACUGCGGAUCCACCGAGAUCCCGCCCUGCCCAGGGCUCUUCGUCUGCAACAACCGCAUGUGUGUGAACGUCUCCCGGGUGUGCGACGGCUCGCACGACUGCCCCCAGGGCGAGGACGAGCUGGCCUGCGAACAGUACGUCCCGGCCGGCGAGAGGAACCAGACAGUGGGGCCCUGCGCCGAGUACUCGUGUGCUGAGGGCAGAUGCAUCCCCUUUAAGCAGGUGUGCAACGGGCUGGCGGACUGCGCUGACGGCAGCGAGGCCUCGGGCUGGCUGCCCUCGGACGAGCGGGACUGUGGGCUCUGGAGCCCCUGGGCCCCCUGGAGCCCCUGCAGCCGGUCCUGUGGGACGGGCCUGCAGAUCCGCAGGCGGGUCUGCACCAGACGGGCCAACGACGUCCUGCGCCACUGCCACGGCGAGGAGACGCAGGCCCAGCAGUGCUUCGCCCUGGCCUGCCCAGUGGAUGGCGCCUGGAGCGAGUGGGCGACGUGGGCGAACUGCACCCAGGACUGCCGCGGGGUGGUGGUGCGGCGCCGGGAGUGCAUCCCGCCCCGGAACGGGGGCCGGCCCUGCUCCGAGCUGCCCGGAGCCUCGCCCAGCACGCUGGAGAUCAAGCCCUGCCAGCUGGAAGGCUGCCUCAACGCCACCGCCUGCCCCGCGGGCCUGGUGCGCAGGCCUUGUGCCCCGUGCCCCAUGGCCUGUGCCGACCUGGCUAGCAAGGGCAAGUGCAAGAGGGACAGGCCCUGCAGCCCAGGCUGCUGGUGCCCCGAGGGGCUGGUGCUGGACAGCGAGCAGCAGUGUGUGCGCCCCCGGGAGUGCCCGUGCCUGGUGGAGGGCGUGCGCCACUGGCCCGGCCAGCUGGUGAAGGUGAACUGCCGCAUCUGCGCCUGCCAGGACGGGCAGAUGAAGCGGUGCCGGCAGAACCCGGAGUGCACUGUUAACUGCGGCUGGUCGGCCUGGUCUCCCUGGGGCGAGUGCCUGGGCCCGUGCGGUGUGCAGAGCAUCCAGUGGUCCUUCCGCAGCCCCAACAACCCCAGCAAGCACGGCAACGGGCGCCAGUGCCGGGGCAUCUACCGCAAGGCGCGCAGGUGCCAGACAGAUCCAUGCGAGGAGUGCGAGCACCACGGCCGGUUGCACGCCAUUGGCGACCGCUGGCGAUCGGGGCAGUGCCAGGUGUGCCAAUGCCUGCCCAACCUGACAGUGCAGUGCUCCCAGUACUGCCCGUACAGCACCGUGGGGUGCCCCGAGGGGCGGGCGCUGGUGGAGGGCAGGGGUGAGGCCUGCUGCUACUGCGCUGAAGCGGGUGAGAACCGGACCAGCGCGCCUGCUGUCCCACCGACCGGGCCCCCGGGCACCACCCUGGCCAGCCCGGCUGCCUCCACCAGCCCUCCGCUCAUCACCUUCCCGCUGCCCCCUCUCGGCGACCAGUGCUACGGGCCCCUGGGCCUGGCCUCCUUGCCCGCCAGCUGCUUCACAGCCUCCUCCCAGCAGCCGGAGAACCCUGCCCACGCCGGGCGCCUCAACCACGUGCUCCCGGGCUCGGACCUGCAGGGCUGGGGGCCCCGGGCAGAGGUGUACCACGAGCUGCUCUCCAAGCCGCCCUUCCUGCAGGUGGAUCUGCUGGAGCCCAGGAACCUCACGGGGGUGGUGGUGCAGGGCGCUGGCUCCUCCGACGCCUACGUUACCAGCUUCCACCUGCAGUUCAGCACGGACGGGCUGAGGUGGCACCAAUACCGGGAGGUCUCUGCGGACGCCCAGCCGGAGCCCAAGCUGUUCCUGGGGAACGCCGACGACUCCACGCCGGUGGUGAGGACUUUCCAGCGCAUGGUCCGUGCCCGGCACGUCCGCAUCCUCCCCCACGACUUCCACCACGGGAUCUUCCUGCGCGCGGAGCUGCUGGGCUGCGAAAGAGUGACCCCUGGGGCACCGACCGCGCCACCGGGCCGGAGGCCCUGCCGGACCGGGGAGUUCCAGUGCCGCAAUGGACGCUGUGUCCCCGCUGGGCCGCACGGCACCGUGUGCAACGGGGUCGAUGAUUGCGGAGACUUCUCGGACGAGCUGCGCUGCGGGACAGCCCCGUCCGUGGGGCCCUCCGCCCCCUGGCGCUGCCCCCUCUCCCACUUCCACUGCGCACUGUCUGACGGCUGCAUCGACGCCUCCCGGCGGUGUGACGGCGUCAGCGACUGUCCGGACGGCACCGACGAGGCCGGCUGCGGCGCCCUGCGCGGGAGCACGGUGCCCCCUGCCGGCACAGCCAGCAGCUGGGCCCCCAGGCAGACCUCGUCACCCACCAAAGAGGUAUCUAACGGCACAGAGGACUGGCUGUUCCCUGGAGACGUCCUCCCCACCCCCACAGGUCCCUGCAGCGAGCCGCUGGGCCUGGCCGACGGCAGGAUCCGCUACCAGCAGCUGAGCGCCUCCUCCCACCGGGACAGCAACCCCCCGGACGCCGGGCGCCUCCACACGGUGCCCAACAUACCGAACAUCGAGCCGGGCUGGAGCCCCCUGGAGACCGACCGCAGCCCCUACUUCCAGGUGGACUUUCUGCGGCCCACCUUCGUCAGCGCGCUGGUCACGCAGGGCGGCCCGACGGCCGGGGGCUACAUCACCAGGUACCGCCUGCAGUACAGCCACGACGGUGUGCGCUACCGCAACUACACGGGGACAGCGCCUGGCACCGCACCCCCCCAGCCGGCUCAGGUACUGGAGGGCAACUUCGACAGCCACACGCCAGUGCAGCGGGAGCUGCGCCCCCUGAUCCUGGCCCGCUCCCUGCGGCUGGUGCCUGUGGCGUAUCACCGGAGCAUCCACCUGCGCAUGGAGGUGCUGGGCUGCCCCUGGAGUGCUGCGCCACUGGGGACCAGCCCCACCUCCGAGCAGCCCCUGCUCCCCACGGCGACUCUGGCCCCAGGAUCCAGGGUUCCCAGCACAGUCAAUGAGAGCAGCGAGGCCAAACCCACGGGCCAGCCAGUGAAGCCGCCGGGCACCACAGCAGCAGGGAAGGAGCCGGGCGCCACACGGACGCUGGGGACGACAGGGCCUGCUGGGGACACGCGCAGCCCCGGAGCAGCUGGCACCGAGGUGCCCCACCUGAGCACAGCUCGGCCGUGGUGGGGCACGGGGACCCCUGGCCUGGAGGAGGAAUCCAGGCGCUCCGGAGCUCCCGGCAUGGCAAGCCCAGAGCCCGGGCGCCCGGGGGAGACGCCCACCGCCUGGUCCCCAGGGACUCCUGGGCUCUUCUGGGCAGGGACAACCUCUCCGGGGACCCCCCGCCUGCUGGGCCCCACCCUGCCGGGCAUGGCAGCCGUGACUGUGUCGGCAGCAGGUCCCGGGCCCGGCCCCACGGGGCUGCCAGGGCUGCACACCGGCCCCUCCCAGCCUGGCAGGCCUGGGCUGGCCACCACUCUGGCUGGGCUGCCCUUCCCCCGGCUCCUCUGCACCCAGGGCCAGUUUGCCUGCGAGGUGCUGGGCUGCGUGGAGGCCGCCUUGGUGUGCGACGGGCAGGAGGACUGCCUGGACGGGUCGGACGAGUGGCACUGCGGAGGCCCCACCGCCUCGGCCGGCCCCACCGUCUCCCUGGCCUCCCCGACCGGGCGGCCCAGCGCCUGCUCUGCCAAGCAGUUCUCCUGCGGCAGCGGGGAGUGCCUGGCCCUGGAGAGGCGCUGCGACCUGCACCCCGACUGCCAGGACGGCUCUGACGAGAGCAGCUGUGUGGACUGCAUCCUGUCUCCCUGGAGCGGCUGGAGCGAGUGCAGCCGGUCGUGUGGGCUGGGCGUGACCUUCCGCCGGCGGGACCUGCUCCGGAACGCCCUGCCCGGGGGCCAGUGCGAACGCAACGAGUUCGACAGCCGCUCCUGCUUCCUCCGGGCCUGCCCAGUGAACGGCGCCUGGGCCCCCUGGGGCGAGUGGUCGGACUGCGACGCCGAGUGCCGGGGUGGAGUGCGGAGCCGCACGCGGAGCUGCGCCGACCCCCCGCCCAAGAACGGGGGCCAGCCCUGCCCCGGCGACGCCGUGCAGACAGAGCCCUGCAACCUGCAGCCCUGCGGGGAUGCCCGCGACUGCGGCCCCGAGAUGGUGCACGUGCAGGCUGGGGACUGCGAGAGGGGCCUGGUGGCACCGUGCCCCCAGUCGUGCCGGGAGCUGAACGCCGAGAGGAGCUGCCAGAGCCGCUGUGUGGAGGGGUGCCGGUGCCCCCCGGGGCUCUACCUGCAGGAGGGCGGCUGCGUGAACAUCAGCCAGUGCCACUGCGACUUCAGCCAGGAGCAGCGCCUCCCCGGGGAGAUGUUCCUACACGACAACUGCAGCCAGUGCGUGUGCCUGGACGGGGUGGUGACGUGCGACGACCUGGCCUGCCCCGUUAACUGCGGCUGGUCGGCCUGGUCCCCAUGGACACCCUGCGACCGCAGCUGCGGAGUCGGCAUGCGGGAGAGAUUCAGAUCCCCCACCAACCCGGCACCUGCCAACGGCGGAGCCCCGUGCGAGGGGGACGCGCAGCAAGUCCGCGAGUGCCACACGGCCUGUGUCUCCGAGCCCGCCGGCCCCUGGAGCGACUGGACACCCUGGUCCCCCUGCUCCAAGACCUGCUUCUACGAUGUGGACCGUGUCGGGGUGAGGAAGCGGUUCCGUCACUGCAACGACACCGGGGAGGGCGCUGGGCGAUGCCAGGGGGCGCCCGUGGAGGAGGAGCAGUGUGACACGCCACCCUGCCCCGUGGAAGGUGUCUGGACCCCCUGGACGGCCUGGUCCCGAUGCUCCGCUACCUGCGACUCCGGCGUCCAGACCCGCAGCCGCACCUGCUCCAACCCGGCCUACGGGGGGCCUGAGUGCACGGGGCCCCUCGUCCAGACCCGGGACUGCAACAGCCAGCCCUGCCGAGCGCUGUGCCCCGCGCCCAUGAUCUACCAGACGGCUGAGGAGUGCCGGCGAGGGGGGGGCGCCUGCCCGCGGCUCUGCCUGGACCAGGGCGCCGGCGUGGAGUGCGCCACCCGCUGCUACCCGGGCUGCUACUGCCCCGACGGCCUCUUCCUGCAGGACGACGGCUGCGUGCCGCAGAGCCAGUGCCUGUGCUACCACCAGGGGGUGCUCUACCAGCCGGGCGACACCGCCCCCCGCGACGCCUGCAACAACUGCACCUGCGUGGCCGGGGAGAUGGUGUGCGGCAUGGAGCCCUGCCCAGUGCACUGCGGCUGGAGCGGCUGGACCGAGUGGAGCUCCUGCAGCCGCAGCUGCAACGUGGGCACCCGGCGGCGCUACCGCUCUGGCUCCGAUCCGCCCGCCGCCUUUGGGGGGCGCGACUGCCAGGGCCCCGGCGUGGAGGUCGAGUUCUGCAGCCUGCAGCCCUGCAGGGGCUCCGGGGCAGAAUGGGGUCCCUGGUCGGAGUGCUCCGUGCCCUGCGGGGGUGGCUAUCAGAACCGCACACGGGGCGGCACCGUCCUGCACCGGAUCGAGUUCACCACCUGCAACCUCCAGCCCUGCGCCGGCGAGGUGCCCGGCGUCUGCCCGGAGGGGAAGCUCUGGCUGGAAUGUGCUGACGCACCGGCCUCCUGUGCGGAGCUGGGCACGGACCCCCCUGCUGACAGGCCCUGCCACGCUGGCUGUUACUGCCCCCCCAGCACCGUCCUGCUGAAUAACCGGUGCGUGGCGGCGGCGGAGUGCCCCUGCGCCGAGGGCGGAGUGCUCUACGCCCCGGGAGACGUGGUGCCCAAGGGCUGCGAGAACUGCUCCUGUGAGGCCGGCCGGAUCGCCAACUGCUCCCGGGUGGCCUGUGGGGACGUGAGCGGCGGCUGGUCGGACUGGACGCCCUGGAGCGAGUGUUCAGCCUCCUGCGGGUUCGGGCUCCAGAACCGGUACCGGUUCUGCACGGCCCCCCCUCCGGCGGGGACCGGACUGCCCUGCCUGGGGCCGGAGCGCGAGGAGCAGCCCUGCCACGUCCAGCCCUGCUCCAGGAGCGGCGGCUGGAGCGCGUGGAGCCCCUGGACCGAGUGCACCAAGAGCUGCGGGGAGGGGCUGCGGAGCCGGGCCCGAGCCUGCGACAGCCCCACCCCGCUGGGCCACGGCGACUACUGCGAGGGCCCCCCCGCCCAGGUGGAGACCUGCCACCCGGGGCAGUGCCCAGCUCUGGACUGCGUGGCCGUGCAGGGCUCCAUGUACAGCCGCUGCGGCCCCUCGUGCCCCCGCUCCUGCGACGACAUCUCGCACUGCAUGUGGAGCUGCCAACCCGGCUGCUACUGCACCGGCGGCAGGGUGCUGAACGCCAACGGCUCGGCCUGCGUGGAGAGGCAGGACUGCACCUGCCUGGACCUGCUCACCCAGGAGAGGUACCUGCCGGGGGAGACCGUGGCCCACCAGGACGGCUGCAACAACUGCACCUGCACCGGGGGGGUGCUGCUCUGUACCAGCCUGCCCUGCCCUGUGGCUGGAGCCUGGUGUGACUGGUCUCCAUGGACCCCCUGCUCCCGGACCUGCGGCAGCGAGGUGGUGACGCGGUACCGCGCCUGCGCCUGCCCCACGCCUCAGCACGGGGGGGCCGAGUGUGCUGGAGCACAGGAGCGUCACGGGGACACCGGCACCCAGCUCCAGCACAAGGAGUGCCCCUCGGCUGCCUUCUGCCCCGUGGACGGUGGCUGGAGUUCCUGGGGGCCAUGGUCGGCCUGCGCCGCCUGUGCCGGGGAGUCGACACGGAGCCGGGAGUGCAGCAGCCCCCCCGCCCGCUUCGGGGGCGUGCCCUGCCCCGGAGAGGCCCGGCAGAGCCGCGCCUGCCAUGAUGGAGACACCGUGUGUGAAGGCUGCGGCGGGGGGCAGGUGCCCUUCGCCUGUGGCAAGCCCUGCCCCCGCUCCUGCGAGGACCUGCAGGCGGACACGGCCUGCCUGGACAGCCCCCCGUGCCAGCCCUCGUGCGGCUGCCCCGCUGGCCGGCUCCUCCAGGACGGGGCGUGUGUGAGCCUGGCGCAGUGUCGCUGCAAGUACCACAACGGCUCCCUGGAGGCUCCGGAGCAGCAGCCCCUCUCGGCCUGGGCUGGCCCCGUGCCCUGGGAGUACGCGCAGCCUGGGCAGACCGUGUACGGGCCCUGCCAGAACUGCACCUGCGAGGAUGGGCACCUGCAGUGCCGCGCCGACCCUGCGUGCCGGCUGGACGGCGGCUGGGGGGCCUGGGGGCCGUGGUCGCCCUGCCCCCAGCGCUGCCAGGAGGGCACCCAGUUCCGCUUCCGAGAGUGCGAUAACCCGGCCCCCCAACACGGGGGCAGGGGCUGCAUCGGGGACAGCCAGCAGCAGCGGGCCUGCCACCAGGGCGAGCCGCCCUGCCAAGAGGAGGCGCCGUGGAGCGACUGGUCCCCGUGGGCCCCGUGCAGCGUGUCCUGUGGCGGGGGAGAGCAGAUCCGCACGCGCCAGUGUCGCCAGCCGGCCUGCCAGGGGCUGGCCGUGCAGAGCAAGACCUGCCACACCCAGGUCUGCCUCGAGGUGGGCUGCCCGGCGGGACGCCUGUACCGGGAGUGCCUGCAGGAGGAGGGCUGCCCCUACAGCUGUGCCCACCUCACCCGCCAGAUGGACUGCUUCUCCGAUGGCUGCGAGGAGGGCUGCCACUGCCCGGCGGGCACCUACCAGCACCACGGAGCCUGCGUCCAGGAGUGCCCCUGCCUGGUCACCGAGGAGACCCUGCAGGAGCUCCAGAACCAUUCGGCCAACGCCAGCGCCCUCCCGGCUGUCCUCACCGCCCAGGGCCGCUGGGUCUCUCUGGGCCAGGAGGUGCAGCCCCGCGACACCAUUCGCUCUGCCUGCAGCACCUGCACCUGCCACAACGGCCAGCUGAACUGCUCCUUCACCCGGUGCCCGCUGGACGGCGGCUUCGCUCCCUGGAGCCUGUGGACACCCUGCUCCGUGAGCUGCGGGGGGCUGGGGCACAUGACCAGGGCACGGGGCUGCACCAGCCCCCCUCCUGCCAACGGAGGGAAGGACUGCGUGGGCCCUUGGACUGACAUCAAGUACUGCCAGGCACCGGACUGCCCAGUGACGCCUGGUCCCACGAAGGAGCCUGUCCCCAGCGUGCCAGGCUCCGAGGAGGGUUUCAGCCUCUGGUCCCCCUGGAGUCCCUGCUCCAGAACCUGCACCGACCCCGAGUUCCCAGCCACAAAAACCCGGACCCGGCUCUGCGGGGGAGGCACCAACUGCACCGGGGAGUCGUUCCAGGAGCGGGCGUGUAACCUGCCCCAGUGCACAGAUGCGCCCCCGUGCCUGGGUGAGGAGUGCGCUGGCAGGAACUGCACCUGGACCCCGUGGGCGCCGUGGAGCGAGUGUUCCCGCAGCUGCGGCGUGGGCCAGCAGCGACGUCUGCGCACCUACCACCCCCCCGGGGAGCGGGGGCUCUGGUGCCAGGGCAUCCUGACCGCAAACACCGAGCGGCGCUUCUGCAACCUGCAGGCCUGCAAAGUGCCCGGAGCCUGGUCCAAGUGGAGCCCGUGGUCGUGGUGCGACCGCACCUGCGGGGGGGGCCGCUCCGUGCGCGCUCGCACCUGCACCAGCCCCCCGCCCAAGAACGGAGGGGCCCGCUGCCCCGGGGAGAAGUACCAGGGGCGCGUCUGCAACCCCCGGCCCUGCGAGGAGGGAUGCCCGCCUGCCAUGGCCAUGGUGGACUGCGCCAACAGAUGCCCGCGCCAUUGCUGGGACCUGCAGGAGGGCAUCACGUGCCAGGACGGGGAGGCCUGCGAGCCCGGCUGCCGCUGCCCGGACGGGACCCUGGAGCAGGACGGCGCCUGCGUCUCCCCGCAGCACUGCGAGUGCACCGACGCCCAGGGGCACAGCUGGGUGCCAGGCAGCCUGCGCCACGACGGCUGCAACAACUGCACGUGCUCCGAGGGGCGGCUGCUCUGCACCCGCCGCACCUGCCCCCCCAGCCAGUGCGAGUGGAGCCACUGGUCCCGCUGGUCCCCGUGCAGCGUCUCCUGUGGGGACGGGCUGCAAACCCGGUUCAGGACGGCCACGUCGGGCUCCUGGGCCAGGGAGUGCCGGAAGGAGCAGCUGCAGACCCGGCCCUGCCCGCAGGGGCCCUGCCCGCCCCUCUGCCUGCACCAGGGCUGGGAGAGACGCCUGGGGGACACCUGGCUGCUGGGCGAGUGCCAGCAAUGUAUCUGCACCCCAGAGGGCAUCUACUGCCAGGACAUCGCGUGUGCGGUGCCCGGCUCCUGGACGCCCUGGUCUCCCUGGUCCGACUGCCCCGUCACCUGUGGCAACGGCACCCACGUCCGCACCAGGGCCUGCAUCAACCCGCCGCCGCGGAACAACGGCUCGCACUGCGCCGGCCCCGAGGCCGAGGCCCAGGGCUGUGCUGCCCGGCCCUGCCCAGCGGCCGAGCGAUGUGACUGGUCGGCCUGGAGCCCCUGCUCACGCUCCUGUGGCACCGGCCUGGCCACGCGGACGGGGACGUGCGCCUGCCCCAGCCCCAGCCCCGAGGGGCCCAGCCCCCCCUGCAAUGACAGCGCCCGCCAGGAGGUGGAGCCCUGCUACCUGCGGCCCUGCGAAGGCGACUGCUCCUGGGGCCCCUGGACGCCGUGGACCCCGUGCUCGUGCAGCUUCCUGGUGCAGCAGCGCUACCGGAACCAGCUGGGCCCGGGCCCCCAGGGGGCGCUGUGCGUGGGGCUGGGCGGCGAGUUCCGCACCUGCGACGCCUCCCACUGCUCGGAAGCCAGCUGUGAGCCUCCCUUCGAGUUCCAGGAGUGCGGGGUCCCCUGCGCCAGCCUGUGCUCCACGCUGCCGCGCCAGGAGCUGUGCACAGCCAUCCCCCCGUGCCUGCCCGGCUGCUACUGCCCGCAGGGCCUGGUGGAGCAGAGGGGAGCCUGCGUGCCCCCCGCGCAGUGCGGCUGCCUCCACCUCCGCCCGGGCCAAGGGCCCGUCUACCUGGCGGCCGGGGACACCGUGCUCGUGGGCUGCAAAGAGUGCGUGUGCCAGGAGGGGGCGCUGCAGUGCAGCAGCGAGAGCUGCCAGGGCCUGCUGCCCCUGAGCGAGUGGUCGGCCUGGACGCCCUGCACCUCCUGCCUGCCCCUCUCGGCUCUCAGCCCCGGCACCCUCUCCGUGCUCCUGGCGCAGCACGGCGGCUGGCAGGACAGUGGGCACCCCCAGCCGGACGUCGCCCCCCUGGCCUCGGUGCAGCACCGCUACCGGGUGUGCCUGGACCCCCAGACCGGCCUGCCCUGGGCCGGCGAGGCAGCGCUGUGCUCCGCCGAGCUGCAGCAGGAGCGGCUCUGCCCCGACCCCCACCCCUGCGAAGAUCUCUGCCUGUGGAGCGAGUGGAGCCCCUGGGGCCCGUGCCGGGAGCCCUGCAGUGGUGGCUUCCGGCUGCGCCGGCGCCACGUCCAGCCCCCGGCCGACGGCAGGCGGUGCUGGGGAGCCCGGGUCCAGUCGGAGAGCUGCAACACGGCCGUCUGCCCGGGGGAGGCGUGCGAGGAUCGGGGCAAGGAGCACGCCCCGGCCUGCGCCAACCGCUGCCCCCGCACCUGCGCCGACCUGUGGGAGCACGUGGAGUGUCUGCAGAGGGAGUGCAAGCCAGGCUGCCGGUGCCCCGAGGGGCAGCUGCUGCAGGACGGCGUGUGCGUGCCAGUCCUGGCCUGCCGCUGCGGGCUGCCCACUGCCAACGGCACGCGGGAGCUCUGGCCGGGGCAGGCGGCCGAGCUGGACUGUCACAACUGCACGUGCGGGAACGGCACCUUCGCCUGCCCCGAUCUGGAGUGCCCCUUCUAUGGGCCCUGGUCUGAGUGGAGCCCCUGCUCCGUCACCUGCGGGGGAGGCAGCACGCUGCGGCACCGCCCCUGCCAGGAGAGCCCCGCCGGGGCCCCGUGCACCGCCGACGCCAUGGAGGAGAUCGCGGAGUGCAACCUGCAGUCAUGCCCGGCCGGCUGCCAGCUGAGCCCGUGGUCGGCGUGGAGCCCCUGCAGCGCCAGCUGUGGGGGGGGCGUGUCGGAGCGGAGCCGGAGCCUGCUGUCCCCAGGGGAGGGCCGGGGGGAGCACUGCCCUGCCCCCCUGCUGCUGCACCGCGCCUGCCACACCCACAACUGCACGCCAGAGUGCCCGGGCCCCCAGGUGUACAGCGACUGUGCCAACGCCUGUCCCCGCGCCUGCGCCGACCUGCGUCCCGGCACCGCGUGCCUGCGGGAGGAGUGCCAGCCCGGCUGUGCCUGCCCUCCCGGCCAGGUGCUGCAGGACGGGGCGUGCGUGCCCCCAGAUGAAUGCCGCUGUUUGCUGCUCCCUGCGCCUGCCGUGCCAUGGGCCUCCAACCUGUCGCAGGAGGAGCGGGCGAGAGAGUACCCGGCCGGCAGCACCAUCCACCACCAGUGCAACAGCUGUGUCUGUCGCAGAGGCACCUUCAGCUGCUCCCAGCGGGACUGCAACGUGGACUGCCUCUGGUCCGCGUGGUCAGCCUGGUCCGCGUGCUCAGUGACGUGUGGGCCGGGCGUGCGGAUCUCCCAGAGGCACCAGCUGCAGCAGCGCCUGUACGCCGGGGCCGAGUGCCUGGGCCCCCUGACGCGCCGGACGCCCUGCUCCCUGCCCGACUGCGCCUGUCCCACAGGGGAGCGUUGGCACGGCCCCAGCCUCACCGCGCCCUGUGAGCGAACCUGCCAGCAGAUCUACGAGGAGCCGCGGCCCAACUGCAGUGUGGGGGCUGCGCCGGGCUGCGUGUGCGAGGCCGGGCGGUACCGGAACAGCAGCGGGGACUGUGUCACCGCCGCCCACUGCGAGUGUGAGCACGGGGGCCAGCUGCGCCCGCCCGGAGCCGAGUGGCAGGAGGCCUGUGAGAGCUGCCACUGCCUGAACGGGAGGGCCGUGUGCACGGCCGGCUGCCCCCCUCUCUUCUGCCUCGAGGGGGAAGUGAAGGUGCAGGAGCCCGGCAGCUGCUGCCCCGUGUGCCGGAGAGAAUCGUUCGAGGAGCCGUCGGCCGCCUGCCAGCGCUACACCGAGGUGCGGAACAUCACCAAGGGACGCUGCACCCUGCCCGGCGUGGAGGUGAGCUACUGCAGCGGGCGCUGCGCCUCCCGCACCAACGUCAUCUCCGAGGAGCCGUACCUGCAGACGCUGUGUGACUGCUGCAGCUACCACCUGGACCCCGUCAGCCCCGUGCGCAUCCUGAGCCUGCCGUGCGAGGACGGGGAGGUGGAGCCGGUGGUGCUGCCCGUCAUCCACAGCUGUGACUGCAGCCCCUGCCAGGGGGGGGACUUUCCCGAGCGCUGAUGGCCCGUGGCCCGUGGCCCGUGGCCCGGGCGGGACGGGGUCUGUGCCGGCGGCUGAGGCGUGGCGAAGACAGCGAGAUGGCAGCGUGCGUCCCAGCUGCAGGUCCCCCAGUGCCCCCCACGCUGCCCCCCGGGCUUGUCCUGCUGUAGCUCAGUAAUAAAGUGAACAGAGCUG